AGUUGUCAGAAUUUCGGCGUGUUUUGCUUUUUACGUUAAAACAAAACAAAACGCAAUAUACAGAAUUGGGAGAAUUCAUCAGACAUUUACAUACUUUCACCGGAAGGUGAAUCUGUUUACCAUGGGCGACGUCGAAGUAAAGAAGGAGGAACAACCGACGACGACAUCGAAUUCCUCGUCCAGUGACCACGACGAGGAGGCCCCAGACGACACAAUGGAUAAGGUUCGACGCUUCUUUGCAAACACUCUACAUCUCGGCGGAUCCACGGACGCAAAGGAGGAAGUUAAAGUGGAGAAGGUUAUUCCAGAUUUGUCUUUUGACGGCUUUGCCGAACAUUGGCGUGUGCAUGGAUUCCGCAAGAUUGUGACCAUGGUGGGAGCCGGCAUAUCCACAUCUGCUGGUAUUCCGGACUUCAGAUCCCCAGGUUCCGGGCUAUACAGCAAUCUAAAGAAGUACGAGCUGCCACAUCCCACGGCCAUAUUCGAUCUGGACUACUUUGAAAAGAAUCCGGCGCCGUUCUUUGCAUUGGCCAAGGAACUGUACCCUGGAUCCUUUAUUCCCACGCCUGCUCACUACUUUAUCCGUUUGCUGAACGACAAGGGACUGCUGCAGCGCCACUACACCCAGAACAUAGACACGCUAGACCGGCUUACUGGUCUGCCCGAGGACAAGAUCAUCGAGGCCCAUGGCAGCUUCCACACCAACCACUGCAUUAAGUGCCGCAAGGAGUACGACCUGGACUGGAUGAAGGCGGAGAUCUUCGCCGAUCGUCUGCCCAAAUGCCAAAAGUGUAAGGGCGUUGUUAAACCAGACAUUGUUUUCUUUGGCGAAAACCUGCCAAAGAGAUUUUACUCCAGUCCUGACGAGGAUUUCGAGGAUUGCGAUUUGCUGAUCAUCAUGGGCACAUCGUUGGAAGUACAGCCGUUUGCUUCACUGGUGUGGAGACCAGGACCACGUUGUAUUCGCCUCUUGAUUAAUCGCGAUGCAGUGGGUCAGGCCAGCAGUGUGCUCUUUAUGGAUCCCAACACGCGAUCGCUACUCUUCGAUAAGCCCAAUAACACAAGGGAUGUGGCCUUUCUGGGCGACUGUGAUGCUGGUGUAAUGGCUCUGGCCAAAGCCUUGGGCUGGGAUAAAGAGCUGGAGCAGCUAAUUACCAGUGAACGGGGGAAACUGAGCGGCAGCCAGAAAAGCGAGGAGCUGCAGCAAGACAAAGAGAAACCGCAAUCGGACCCGGAUGGGGUGACUUCGGGCGAUCGGGACAAGAAGGAUGCUUCGCUUUAGACCCUGAGAUUAGUUAGUAGCAUCCGUAGUUAAUUUGUAGUUGAAUUGUGCAAUUUGUUUACAUGUGGAUUACGUGUAUAAAGCGGACCAUGCCAUGUGCAGGCAUUGCUGGCUAAUA